AUGGAGGCGUCCCUGGAAGCAAUGUUAGCGACUGCCUCAGACGAAGAAAACUUCUUAACGUUUUCGGGUUUUGUGGGACUUACCAAGCAUUCCAGCAGCCUCGAGGAGCUCGUCAACAGCGCCCUAUUGAACUUACAUAGGCUAUGGGUCGAUCUCCUUGCUGCGAGAAAAUCGGUCUCAACAGGGGUCCAUGGACUCGUGAAGAAGACGCGCUCCUCAUGCAGUAUGUCAACGAGCACGGCGAAGGGUCUUGGAGAACGCUUCCAAAGGCCGCAGAAUGCCCAGAAUGCCCAGAACUCCUUGAACACUAAACAUGGAUUCGUGGAACAGCAGAAAGUUUCAAGGGGCACAGUCUGCCGGUGCCCCCAAGAGUACCGUUCACUUUGCGGACGAGGUAACCAUUCAAGUUCCUUCUUCCGGCUCUGCUCUCGCUUCUCCACCUUCAAGCACUUGAACCCUCAAUACCAGUGCGUUGUCGUCCCACAUCCGGACGUCGAGCAGCAGCCUUCCACUCCCAAGCCUUCAGCUCCAGAGCUGCAGCAGCUUUCCACUUUUUUAAAGUCUUCAGCUCCAGUGGAAAGGAAUAAUUCCCGAUCACCAGAGCAGCUAAAUCUGAUAGCUUUCAGGCUCGCAGUUCUUGAAAAGUUCGCCACUGGCCUCGGGAAACUGGCCUUCGUCUGGGCAACUGUUGUUCUCCUCGGUGGAUUCGUGAGCAACAUUCCGGCCAAAGACUUUUGGACGAUCUCGGCCUUGCUGCUGACUGAAGGAACGCGGGUUUUCAGUCGAAGUAGCGAGUUGGAAUGGCAGCAGGCAAAUUACAGCUUGGGAAUUCUCGGCUUCAGAUCGUUCCUGUUCGACAAGAGCGCCAGAUUAUGGGAGAAGUUCUCUGGAGUCUUGGACCAUGACCACUCUGAACAGAACGUGAGUAGAGAUCGACUUUCCAAAAAACCAGUAAAGAAAGAUUUACACCAGGGAUUCGCUGCCAGAAGAAUUUGGUGCGUGGGAAGCGCGUAUGUAAAGUUCCUCCCCACCAGGAUCAUCAGCCUUUUCAUGUACUUCCUCCAGCUUGCUUCUGCAACAGUCACCGCAUGUUUCUCAGUAUAUCGACUUGCCGAGCACGGCUUCAAUGCCCAAGGAAACAACACUGAGCAAGCACUUACUGUGUUUUACGCGAUGAUGCUGGCAGAAACGUCGCUAUUCCUCCUGGAGAGAACAUAUUGGGAAUUCAAGCUUCGUUACCAGAGGUUGCUGGAAGUAGUCACUCGAACAUGUGAGCUUGAUCAAGACGACAUUGAAACCAUGAAGCAGUACUGGUACACAUUGUACUCACGAUCGCUGAACGGAAGCGUGUUUGAUGGCCUGGGAAUGGACCUUAUCGAUUUCACCGUCGAGAAGCUGCAGUCAAGCAUAAGGGAAGAGCAGCUCGGUAGCGUCAACAUACUGUCAGCUCUUGUCUCAAAAGGAGAUUCAAUGGAAGAAACGCAACGGAGGAUUGGUACCACGCCCGGAGUUGUGGAGAGACUCUUAGAGAUGAUCACCUGGAAGGAUCCUAGUGAGGCCGAAAUCAGGAAAGCUGCAACCAUAGUAAUCAAGCACCUGGUUCGUCACAGCCAUAACUGCUUCAGGAUUUCCGCUAUCCCUGGAUCCCUGGAGGCCCUCACUGCUCUUUUACCCGAAAGACAGGAGGAAGUGCUAGAAGAAAAGAGCUACAGACUCACUAUCCUCAACGGGCUAGCCGUGGAUUACAGGACAUGCGUGCGAAUCGGUCACACCAGCGGACUUCUCUCCAUCCUGGUUGAAUUUAUCCAAGACGAAGUACGAACGUCGAAAGAAGUAUUCCGUCCAUCACUCGAUCUUUUGAAGACAUUGGCUAGCGUGCGAGGAGAUUCUGGACGGUCUCUGCGAAAGAAGAUGGUGUCGGUAGUGCCAGCAGUAAGAAGUCUUCAAAGGAUAUGCAAUCUCGAAGAUUUGGAGCUACAAGACCUGGCAGUCGACGUGAUCAAGCUGCUAGCAACCGAGGACGAGCUUAGAGAUUGCAUUGGUGCGACUGGAGGAGUUAUCCAAAGCUUGAUGGCCAUAUUUACGAGAGAAACCGCACCGAACAGCGACCAGUUGACCGGUGGCAUGAGAGCCGGGGAAGCCAUAAUUGUGCUCGUUUUCCAGUGUCCCAACAAUUGCUCGAGGCUCCUCAUGCACAAAAGCUGCAGACAAGGUGGCGUUAGCAAGACCCUCAAGAGCUUGAUCAACAUGCUCACCAAGCCAGUUGGAGUCCAUGCAGCCACAAUUUUGCAAAGCUUGUGCGGUGACCUUAACGACGAAGAAAAGUUGGAGCUUGGAGCAGCCAUAUCUCGCAUCAUCCAGAUGGUGCUGGAAUCCACGGACAAGGAACAGCAGGCAGCCAUCGGUUUGGCAGCAGCCAUAAUCCCCUGGCUCGACAGACGGAACUUUGAACAAGGCGUGCUAUCGCAACAAUCACGGCUUUGCGAAAAAUUCACAGAGCUUCUAUCCCACACAGCACCUUCUAGGAGCUUGAAUCGUAUCCGGCGAUAUAGCGUAGAGCUUCUGAACAGCUUGGUGGCAAAGGACGCCAGGUUCUUGCGACGUUUUAGAGAAGACGGUGAAAUGGAGGCGUCCCUGGGAGCAAUGUUAGCGACUGCCUCAGACGAAGAAAACUUCUUAACGUUUUCGGAUUUUGUGGGACUUACCAAGCAUUCCAGCAGCCUCGAGGAGCUCGUCAACAGCGCCCUAUUGAACUUACACAGGGCUGGGUAG